AUGACAUUUCGCUGGGAAGAAAACGAAACACCUUAUAUGAUCACCGCAUGGCUAUUGAUAGCAGCUCUGGCAAAAAUUUUGUUCCACCUCUUCAAACCACUUUCGAAAUUACCAGACUCUGCACUAUUAAUUGUGGUAGGGCUCUUGCUCGGCUUGAUUCUUAAGCAAUCAGGUGCUAGUAUCGCAUACUCACUAAACUCUCAUGUAUUCUUUCUCUAUCUUCUGCCACCAAUCAUUUUCGAUGCAGGAUACUUCAUGCCUAACAGAGCACUUUUUGAAAACAUCGACUCUGUCCUUCUGUUUGCCGUCGUAGGGACUAUCUGGAACAGCAUAGCCAUAGGAGGUUCGCUGCUGCUUCUGUCACAUUAUGGUGUAUUUUCCAUGGCAUUUUCGACAACGGAAAUUUUCGUAUUUUCCGCUCUGAUCUCAGCAGUAGAUCCUGUGGCCGUUAUUGCAGUGUUCGAAGAGAUCAAAGUGAACGAAUUUAUAUUCGUGAAUGUGUUUGGUGAGGCGCUCUUCAACGAUGGAGUUACUGUGGUCUUGUAUCAAAUGUUCAAAAGCUUCACCCUGAUUGGUCCAGCAAACAUCAAGCCCAUUGACUACGGAGCUGCAGCCCUAUCCUUCUUCGUAGUUGCUUGUGGGGGAGCUCUGCUAGGCAUUAUUGCUGCCAUCCUUGUCAGUUGGAUGACUAAGUACACUAAUCAAGUACGCAUCUUGGCUCCAGUGUUCAUAUUUGUGAUCCCAUAUAUGGCUUACCUCACUGCUGAAGUAACCUCACUAUCUUCCAUAAUAGCAAUUGCUGUAUGUGGAAUGAUUAUGAAACAAUAUGUCAAAGGAAACAUCUCUACAGCUGCUGGUAAUUCAGUCAAGUACUUCGUCAAAAUGCUGGCUCAGUCUUCAGAGACAGUGAUUUUUAUGUUCUUGGGUCUUUCCACGAUGUACUCAGAGCACUAUUGGGAUACAGCUUUUGUGGUGGCCUCUGUCGUGUUUUGUCUACUCUUCAGAACAAUUGGUGUUUUGGUGCAAUGUUUCUUUUUAAACAAAUUUCGCGGCAAGAGAUUCACCAAGGUUGAUCAAUUAAUCCUCUCCUACGGUGGUCUACGCGGAGCGAUUGCGUUUGGUUUAGCUAUUUCUAUUCCAGAAACAAUACUGGCAAGGAGGAUGUUCAUUACAACCACCCUUGUUGUGAUCUUUUUCACCGUCUUCCUCCAGGGCAUGACCAUCCGUCCCCUUGUGAACUAUUUGAAAGUCAAGACCAAGGAUGAUCGGCCUCCAACGAUGGCGGAAAUCAUAUACAAUAAAUACCUCGACUAUGCGAUGUCUGGUGUGGAAGACAUUGCAGGGCAAAAGGGACACUACACCUUGCGCGACAACUUUGAGCAAUUCAAUGCGAAAUUCUUACAACCGAUUCUCGUAAGGAACGAGAAGAAGAAGAAUUUUGACGCCUCAAGCAUUGUCCGUGCCUAUCAGAAAAUUACCUUGGAGGAUGCCAUGAACCUUACAAAACUACAAGAAGCUGCACAUAGGAGAAGAGCUCGCGACGAUCAAGAAAGUGCACUGCCAUCGAAAUCUAAGGAGAUUCUACAAGCGGAAAGCUUGUCAACACCACCUCAGGCUAGACACUUGGAACAGUUUUUGGCCAAUGGCGAGAAUGUGGAUAGUCUCUACGCACUGUUCAGUGGAUUGCUGGACAAGAAGCUUAAGGAAUUGAACACAACCAGGCAGAAUGUGAGCUCAGACGCUGCCGAUGAUAUCCAGGACGACUACAUGCGUCAAAUUGCAUCUACUACUGAUCUGAAUAGCGAUCCGCUGGAAAGAAAUGAACGAAGAAGAAGCACUGGAGGAAUUCGAAACAAGAACAGUGUGCAAUGGACUCAGAAUCGCAAUGUCUAAUGAUCCAGUCAACAAUGGAUUAUAUUCAUUUCACAUCAUGAAUUACCGACAUUCUUCUCUCGGAC